GCAAGUUGCUCUAACCUCAGUGUAUAAGCACUUUUGUCAUGAGUUUACUAAGAGGACUGAGAUGGGAGCUCCAUGUCUCGAAUUUUUGCUUCUUUCACUACAACUGGAGAAUUUUUAUCUACACACCAUGGCUACCACCAACUCUACAUUUUCAGUGUAUAUAUCUUGCAUACAGAUGGGUUCUUGCCAUUUAUUCAUUUAUUUACUUCAUUUUGAUCAUUUACUAUGUACGGGAGUAUACGUUGGUUUACUUCACCAGUUGGAGUCAAUACCUUUUCACAUUCUAUCAACUGUGGAGCAGCAUAUCAGUCACAGUGCACCACAUGAAACUUGGCAUUCCUUACUGCAAGAAGAAAUGUAAUAGUGAGAAGCGCAAGGUAGUUUCUUCUACAGACCUACCCUCUAAGCCAACUGGCUGCUGGUGCGGGCUGAAGUACAAUGUCUUGAAAUGGCACGAAUGCAUUCACUGGAUCUCCUUUUUUCUUGCUGGAGAGGCUACAUCAGGCCUUAUUUUUCUAUAUUGGGUAUUCAUUUAUAAUCCUAAAAAGGGCAUCGACCAUUGGGAGAUCAGCACACACCUUUUGAAUGGAUUACUAAGUUGGAUUAAUGUGUGGAUCACACAAAUCCCAUUUCGAGCACACCAUGUCAUAUAUACCAUCAUUUAUUCAGCAACGUAUUGUACUUUUACAGGAUUUUACUACGCAGCAGGUGGUGGAAAUAUUCAAAAUAAUGACAGAUAUAUCUACUCUAUCUUGGACUAUGGAAAUUACCCAGUUAAAGCAACCUUCUUCGUACUUGCUGCAGCUUUGAUCUAUGCUCCUUUGGUGCAUCUAUUCUUCUAUGCUAACUAUCUACUGAGAGAAGGCUUGAUUCAUGUUUUGGUUAAAAGAGGCUAUUGCAAAUGGCUCUUGGAGAAAGAGCUUGGAGAAGAGAAUGAAAUGGAACCUAUUAUACAGGAAUAAUUUAUUUUGCAUAAUAAUUAAUUAUUUUUGAAUCACGUGAUG